GCGCUGCUCGGGCUGUGCGUGUCUGUGUGUCUGUAAACGCGGUGGGGGAGCAGCGAGGGGAUCUGCGGGGGAACACCCGCUGCCCAGCACCUCGGGCCGCCGGGUGUGAGACCGUGCCCCUUUGUGGCAUCAACACACACACACAUACACUCACACACUCUGCUAUGAAACCUGCUGCGACGUGCCUGUCAUGGCUUAAAAAUAGAUGCUAAUCCAUCCGCCGGGCUCUGGCGUUGGCGUUGGCGGCGGCGGGGCGGGGGCGGCGGCGGCGGCAGCGGCGGCAGGAGCGAGUCAUGGCCCGGGGGUGGGCUGCGCCCGCGGUGCCCCUCCGGGACUGAGACCCCGGCGCGCGCAGAGCAACAGCUACCUGGUGGCUGACCCCAUCGGCACCGCAGCCACCCCUGCAGCUGCUACCAUUUCUGCUGUUUCUAAGAUGUGCCCUGGGAACUGGCUCUGGGCAUCCAUGACUUUUAUGGCCCGCUUCUCCCGGAGUAGCUCAAGGUCUCCUGUUCGCAGUAGAGGGAGCCUGGAGGAGAUGCCAACUGUUCACCAUCCCUUCCUCAAUGUCUUUGAGUUGGAGAGGCUCCUUUACACGGGCAAGACAGCCUGCAACCACGCUGAUGAGGUCUGGCCAGGCCUCUACCUCGGAGACCAGGACAUAGCCAACAACCGCCGUGAGCUCCGCCGCCUGGGAAUCACCCACGUCCUCAACGCCUCCCACAGCAAGUGGCGUGGCACACCGGAGGCCUACGAGGGGCUGGGCAUCCGCUACCUGGGUGUGGAGGCGCACGACUCGCCAGCCUUUGACAUGAGCAUCCACUUCCAGACAGCAGCUGACUUCAUCCACCGGGCGCUCAGCCAGCCAGGAGGCAAGAUCCUGGUGCACUGCGCCGUGGGCGUCAGCCGAUCUGCCACCCUGGUGCUGGCCUACCUCAUGCUGUACCACCACCUCACCCUCGUCGAGGCCAUCAAGAAAGUCAAGGACCACCGCGGCAUCAUCCCCAACCGUGGCUUCCUGCGGCAGCUCCUGGCCCUGGACCGCAGGCUGCGGCAGGGUCUAGAGGCAUGAGGGGUGGGGGAGGGACGUCAGGCCAGGCCCGUGGGUGCCUGGCUCCAAGCUGGAGGGAGGAGUCCCAGGUAGCAGGUGGUGGCAGAAGGCCCAGAAAACCCAUCCUUUCCUGAGAGUGAGAGAGCCCGGUGCCCCAGGCCACUGUUCUCUAUGUCUGGAGGGGAUGGGGAGUGAGUUUGGGUGGUGCAGUGGGGACUCAGGAAAGGAUUGAUCAGGGAAGGAAGCAGCUAGUCUGCAGGUAGAAGAUAUUUCUGGGAUUUGGACACCCCUGGAUUGCAGCCAGGGUGCUAUCAGCAAUUCACAGCCUUUCCCCUGUUUGUGCCCCAGGGUUUCCCUCUCUUGCUUAUGAAAAUGAAAGAGCCAUGUCUGCUCUGUGACUGUGAGUCAGGGAUGCAGCCAGCAUGAAUGUGAUGGGUUAGAUUUGUGUGGGGACAGUGUGGUAGAGACAGACGGCGAAGAGAUGGCGUUCAAAGCUGUGAAACCACAGGGAGAAACCCGCAGUCUUGCUACUCCAAGCAGAUGGAGAGUAGGUGUGCGAGGGUUGGCACUGUGCCCAUGGGUGCUGUUUGUGGCCCAAAAAUUCAGAGCAUGACUGGGAGUGUUUAGACGGUCAUUCACUUACUGGAUCCUGGUGUCUCGAGGCGAAAUAAAGAUGGCGGACAAGAAGAGAGCCUCUUGUAGUCAUUGACCGUUUGACAGUUCUGCAGCCUUGCUGGGGAGAGCAAAAAUGCCUGCCUCCCUCCUAUCAGUGAUAAGCUUCCACCAGCCUCUAAGCCUCCACCCGUUCUGGGGUUUCUGUGGGGUCCAAUUUUACACUCCUGCCUCAGAAUAAACCUUGAGGUGUUAUUUCCAGCCAUGUCCAC